AUGACGCUGUGGCUGUCACAGCAACAAGACCACCAGUUUCAACCUGGUGGGAUUGACCAGCUCGUUUCGUCAAGGAAUGAUGCACUUAUUGGUGCAAUGCAAAACGCAAAUAAAAAAUACCAACGAAAUGUACGUACGAGAGCACGUGUGACUAAAGAUGAACUUGACGAUAUGAACAAAGCAGAAUUCUCAAAUUCUACUUUGACAGAAGGACGAAUCAUAGCUAUAAUUGUCCCUCAUUCUCACACCGAUCCUGGCUGGCGUCUUACGGUUCAACAUUACUACGACGAAAAAGUGAAGAAUAUACUGGAUUUGGCGGUUAGUAAACUGACAAUUCGGUCAGAUAUGACCUUUAUUUGGUCAGAGGUCAUAUUCUUGCAUAUGUGGUGGAAGGAUUCGGAUUCUGUGAAAAGAUCUAUGUUAAAAACUCUGGUGCAUGAUGGGAGAUUUGAGAUAGUUGCUGGCGGUUGGGUGAUGCCGGAUCAUGCCGUCACGCAUUACGUAUCACUGCUCGUUCAGAUUCAAAUAGCACAUGAGUGGUUGUCCAAAGAAUUCCAAGUAUUACCGACAGUAGCCUGGUCACUCGACUCAUUCGGUCACUCUCCGACUCUUUCUUACUUGUGGUCCCAAACUGGCUAUAACUUUACUGUGGCCCAAAGAGUAAGUCAGAAGUACAAGCGUGUACUGGCGAGCAGACAACAGUUAGAGUUUACAUGGCGACAACUAUGGGACAAGACUGGGAAAACAGAUAUCUUUUGUCACGUGCCUCCGUAUAAACUUUAUAAUAUCGAAUAUGCUUGUGGCCCUGAUCCGUCUGUGUGUUCACUACUCGACUUCAAGACUAAACCAGUUGAUUUUUCUCACGUGAUGCGUAAAAACGGGAAAGACUCUGUCAUAAAUCACCUCAUCAACCCAAUCGUUCAGGAACUCCGUCAGAAGGCGACUAAUUUCAACCAUGACGUUGUUCUGCUUCCUCUUGGAGACCACUUCCGUUACGAUACGGAAUUAGAAUGGGACCAGACGUACGCUAAUCUGGACAUUUUCAUGACAUACGUGAACAAUAAUCCCAAAUUCAACAUGAUGAUGAAAUAUGGUACUAUAACAGACUACCUAACAGAGGUGCAGAAGCAAUUUAAUACAUCUAGUUCACCAAUAUACCAUGGUGACUUCCUGCCGUAUUCCGACAACUCGAUCGACUACUGGACAGGGUUCUACAGUAGUCGACCGGAACAGAAAAGAGCUAUUCGUGAACUACAGGAAACGUUUCAAGCAGCAAGUGUGUGGGACAGUCUUUCACUGUUUUCGGACUCUCUCCAGUCACGUGAUUUAGAUCACGUGGCACAGACGCUAAGCCUUUUGCAGCAUCAUGACGCAAUAACCGGGACAUCCAGGUCGGCAGUAGUCGGCGACUACAGGAGCAGAACGCGCAAUGACCGAGACUUCGCCAGGAAGGUCAUUUCCAGCAGUAUUCAAAGAAUCUUAAAUUCGAAAUCGGAUAAAGAAUCUUCAGAAAAUGGCUUCUGGAAAUUUUAUGAUUUUUCCUGGGUAAGGCCACAACUAUUGACGUUUAGCUCUAGAAAUGUUUGGUAUGUUGUAUUUGCGAAUUCUUUACCACAACCGAGACAUGAAAUCAUAUCGCUUGUCAUAGAUAUCAGUGACGUCAUAGUUACAAAUAAUUUUGGAACCCGUGUCCCAGUGCAAGUAAACCCCUUUAAAGAUAAGGACCACGCGUUGUCCCUUCAUGUAUAUAUAUUACAGAUUCCAGUAUUUAUCGAAUCCAUGUCUGUUGCUAUUUAUACGUUGAUUAGGCCAGCACACAACUCGUCACAAACUCCCCGAACAAACAUUGCUAUCAAGAAUAACCAUUUCAACGCCAUGCCUUUAAACAUGUUCAAUCUCACAGAAGUCAAACAAGACCUUCGACUAUCUAACAGUUAUGUCGCUGCUGUGUUUUCUCCGCAAAAUGGCAGUUUGAUUUAUGUAUAUUUGAAAGAAUCGGAUACAAAAAUUUCAGUCAGUUCAGAAUUGCUUGUGUACAAUUCCUCAAAAAGAGGUGGAGCUUAUAUAUUCGCACCGCUAGGAGGCGCCCGUAAUAUGUUUUCAUCUUCUCCGAGCAUCUUCACCACAUCUGGCGAGUUAUCCCAACAAAUAGAAAUCACACACGGAGAAGUGACCUUGACCUAUACUUUGUACAACACAGAAGGGGUCAAUGCCAAGGUUAUACAUGUCACGUGUCGCGUGAACGUCAACGUGCCCGAAAUGAAUGACCUUGAGUUGAUAGUAAGGUUCGUCACAGACAUUGACAGUCGUGGUGUUUUUUACACGGAUAAUAAUGGUUUCCAGCACACGCGAAGAAAAUACCACAAAGAUAUACCAAUCGCUGGCAACUACUAUCCAAUGACGACAUACGCCGCGAUCCAGGAUAGCAGCGCGCGUUUCACUGUGCACGCAACGCACGCGCAUGGUGUAACAAGCCUACAUAAUGGUGAAUUAGAAAUCAUGCUUGAUAGGCAUCCAACCAAUGACGACGGCCGAGGUUUGGGUCAAGGAAUAAAAUACAGUAACUCACAUGUCGAUGUGUUCAUGCUACAGUUUGAGACAUGUGACAAAGAAAGUAAAAAUGUGCGCCAUUCAGAAGAAAUAUUCCUCCAUACUCUAGACAGCAUACUGGCGGGCGAUUGUUUACAAUGUCCAGUCACUAUGAUACAGUCGAAUAGCCAAUACGAGCUGAAAACAUUCAAAUUUCUAUCAGAAAAAUUGCCGAUCGAUAUUUCAAUUGUGACGAUGAAAAAGAUUACUAUUGCCAGUAACCAAUUCAAUCUUCGAUUGGUCCUCCACAGACGAGGUUCUAUCCAAUCAGGUGUUAGAAAUACUGGAACAGAACCAAUCAAUUUGUGGUCUCUGGUCCAGAACAUGUACGCCCUGCAUGUGAAAGAAAUGUCCUUGACCUUUACUCAUACAAAGCGUGCAGUAAGGUCAGGAGAUAAAAUAUAUCUUGAACCAAUGAGAAUGGCUGCUUUUGAGAUCGGUCUGUUGACAGUUUGA